GUCAUUUUUCUUUUUCACCAAUUGACAGGUUAGCUUGAAGUCAGAAUUGGGUGUUUCUGGAUAUAACAGGACCUUCAUGAGAAAUGAAUAUUCUGAGAUUAGUUUGAAUCUACACAGCGUCCUUGUUCGAAGGCUUAACUCACUCUUCACUAACUGGGUUGGACUUCAUGGAGUUAGAGACAGCAAUUACUAGUAUUUUUACUGACCUUUUAUCUCAAACAAAUAGCUUUGAGAUUAGUGUGGCUUUUGAAGUAGUUGGAAGGUCUUCUGUUUUCUUCUAUUGUUGCUGAGGUGCAGGAUUUUUACCCAAAUGGGUCUUGGUUUCUUCGGUUCCAUUCUGCUUCUCGCUCUCUUCUUCAGGCAAUCAUUUUCUCAACAACCCAAUACAGAUGGGUUCUAUGUUUAUGAUUUCUUGCAGAAAAUAGGUGUAAUAUCUUCAGAAGCUAACAACCUUUCUGCUUCUGUGUGUUCAUGGAAAUGGGUCUUCUGUGAUGCCAAUCAAGAAAAUGUCAUUGGGUUAGUAGCCUCUGGUUUUGGCCUAUCUGGUGUCAUCCCUGAUACAACUAUUGGAAAACUCAGCAAGCUUGAAUCUUUGGAUCUGAGUAGCAACAGAAUCACUGGUUUGCCUUCUGAUUUCUGGGGUUUGGGAAACAGUCUCUUGACUCUGAACCUCUCCAACAACCAGAUUUCUGGGUCCCUCUCGAGUAACAUCGGCAACUUCGGCGCACUACAAAGCCUCGACCUUUCCUUCAACAACUUCUCCGGAGAGGUUCCCGCAUCUAUCAGCUCUCUUUCGAGCCUUCAACUUCUCAAACUUGAUCGAAAUGAGUUCGCGGGGAGCAUUCCAUCGGGGGUUCUGAACUGCCAAUCUCUGGUCUCAGUUGACCUUUCAUUCAAUCUGCUAAAUGGGUCUCUUCCAGAUGGUUUUGGUGCUGCAUUUCCAAAGCUCAGAACUUUGAACCUUGCUGUGAAUGAGAUCCAUGGCAGGUCUUCAGAUUUUGUUGGGUUGCAAUCAAUCACGUAUCUUAAUAUUUCUGGGAACCUUUUUCAGGGGUCUGUGUUGGGUGUGUUUCAGGAGCAAUUGCAGGUUAUUGACCUGAGCCAGAAUCUGUUUGAAGGUCACAUCUCCCAGGUACAUUCCAGUUCUAGCUUCAAUUGGUCUCGCUUGGUUUUUCUUGACAUGUCUGCCAAUCAAUUCAGCGGAACCAUCUUCCAGGAUUUAAACAAAGCCCAGAAUCUAAGGUACCUCAAUCUUGCACAUAAUAGAUUUUCCAAGCAGGAAUUCCCACAAAUUGAAAAGCUAUCUUCCCUAGAGUAUCUCAAUCUAUCCCAAACUGGUCUCACAGGGAGCAUUCCCAAGGCAAUCUCACAGUUGGCUAGCUUACGUACGCUAGAUCUUUCUGAAAACCAUCUCACUGGUCGAAUUACUUAUCUUGGCAUCAACAAUCUGCAAAUUCUUGAUGUCUCACUGAACAAUUUAACUGGGGAAAUCCCAUAUUCUCUGCUACAGAAACUAACGCAGAUGCAGAAAUUCAACUUCUCUUACAACAACUUUACCUUCUGUGCUUCAGAGUUCUCUACUGAGACCCUUGAAUCUGCAUUCUUUGGGUCACUAAACAGCUGCCCCAUUACUGCAAACCCAGAUCUCUUCAGAAGAAAACCCACUACACAUAAUGUACUCAAGCUUGCUCUUGCUAUAUCCAUUGCACUCGUCUGUUUGCUGGCAGGGUUGCUCUGUCUAGCCUUUGGGUGUAGAAGGAAAUCUAGAAUGUGGGUAGUUAAGCAACACUCUUACAAAGAAGAACAGAACAUCUCAGGCCCCUUCUCGUUUCAGACCGAUUCAACAACUUGGGUUGCUGAUGUUAAGGUUGCAACAUCGGUCCCUGUAGUAAUUUUUGAGAAACCUUUGCUGAAUUUCACCUUUGCAGACCUCUUGUCUGCAACUUCAAAUUUUGAUCGGGGAACUCUGCUAGCAGAAGGGAGAUUUGGGCCUGUUUAUAGAGGGUUUCUACCUGGAGGGAUCCAUGUAGCUGUAAAGGUUUUGGUACACGGAUCAACCAUGACUGACCAAGAAGCUGCAAGAGAGUUCGAAUACCUUGGUCGGAUUAAACAUCCCAAUCUUGUUCCCUUGACAGGGUAUUGUUUAGCUGGAGAUCAGAGGAUUGCCAUCUAUGAUUAUAUGGAGAAUGGAAAUUUGCAGAAUUUACUUCAUGAUCUGCCACUUGGGGUCCAAACAACAGAGGAUUGGAGCACAGAUACAUGGGAAGAAGAUAAUAUUGAUGCUAUUCAACAUGUUGGUUCUGAAGGGCUACAUACAACUUGGAGAUUUAGACACAAGAUUGCACUAGGUACAGCACGAGCUCUGGCCUUCCUUCACCAUGGUUGCUCCCCUCCGAUAAUUCACAGAGAUGUUAAGGCUAGUAGUGUUUAUCUUGAUUCAAAUUGGGACCCGAGGCUAUCAGACUUUGGAUUAGCUAAGAUUUUUGGAAAUGGUUUGGAGGAUGAGAUGGCUCGUGGUUCACAGGGGUAUGCACCUCCAGAAUUUUCUCAGCCAGAAGCAGGUUCUCCAACUCCAAAGUCAGAUGUGUAUGGGUUUGGAGUAGUUCUAUUUGAGUUGAUUACAGGGAAGAAACCUGUAGGAGAUGAUUAUCCCGAUGGACAACAUUCAAAUUUGGUGAGUUGGGUGAGAGGACUGGUCAGAGAGAACCAAGGUUCGAGUGCAAUAGAUCCAAAGAUUCGAGGAGGAAUGGGGCCACAAACCCAAAUGGAAGAGGCUCUUAGAAUUGCAUAUUUGUGUACAGCUGACCUUCCAUCAAAGAGGCCAAGUAUGCAUCAGAUAGUAGGGCUCCUUAAAGACAUUGAGCAAGUGGAGCAUCAAUGAUGGAAAACAGAAGAAAAGCUGCUAGAUGGUUUUCUUUCCUUUUCAUGUUUUUCUCUGCUCUUUUACCAGUCUUCCAAUGUUGUCAUGGGAGGAACCUGUACAGUAUCCCUGAGAUUCUGCUUUGAACUUGGGUUUUCCCCCCCUUUACUUUUCAAUGAUUUUCCCCUACUCAUUGAUUUUAGGAUGGAAACUUGAAAGUUGUAGUAUGCACCAAAAGUUCGAUCCUUGAAUAUGUCAUUCAGGCUUAUAUUCUUAAUUUAUUAGCUUUCCUUCUCUCCAUGGAUUGUAAGAACAGAAAUGCAACCAUUCUUUGGAUCUAAAUAUAAUGAGUGAAAUGUUUUCUGUUUUGGUGUUCC